AUGGUAAGAGCACAGAAUUUUGCCGGGCGCUUCAAGAGUAAGGCCCACCAGCUGAAUGGCAACACAUUUUGCGGCCCUGUUUCUUUUUCUGCAAUUGAUCACAGGGGCAAAAGCCAAACGGUGUCAACGCGAAAUAACUCAGGGCCAGAGGCUUUAGUACGUGUUCACGAUAAGAUCGAGGUGGUAUCUGUGCCUGGCCAGAGUGGGAGUCUGAAUUGGCAUGACUGUGCCCAGUCACUUGCAUUUGACGAGUUAGAUGCCAGAGAGCGGCUAAUAGAAACGCAAUCAGCCGGCACUUGUGAAUGGCUGUUGGACUCACCGGAUUAUUUGCGAUGGGUCGACGAACACGGCUUACUUCUGAUAAGAGGCAAGCCUGGAUGCGGAAAAUCUACCCUUUUGAAGUUUGUACUGAGCCAACAAACGAAAUCCGUUGCCCCGCCAGGGUCUCUCGUGCUGUCAUUCUUCUUCUAUGCCAGCGGCACAGAUCUUCAGAGUAGCACAUCGGGCUUUUUCCGAUCGCUUUUGCUUCAGCUGCUUGAGAAAGAUGAGCCUUCAAAGUCAGCCUUUAUGGAGAUUUGCCGCAAAUUUUGUAGGUUUGAAGGAAGCGGAAAGCCGCGUUUAAAAUGGAAUCAGUUCGAACUCGAAGGUUAUUUCCAGAACCUUGUGCUUGACUGUGCCUCCCGCCGGAAAAUUUUGAUAUUCGUCGAUGCUCUCGACGAAUGCAAUGAUAAGGACCGAGAUCGUCUGAUCAGUUCCUUUCAUACUCUUUGUCAGAUGAAUGAGGGGCCGAACAGACCGGGAAUUUUCGUUACGUGCCGUCCAUACCCGGACGGUCAAAUCAGGGCAGACUUUCAAAUCCGACUUGAAGAAGAGAGCCAGAAUGACAUUCGAACUUUUAUAGAGCAGAACUUGCGAUUACCGGAUGAAACACCCGCAGACGCAGACGAGUUAAAGAGUACUCUGCUGAGUAAAGCUAAGGGCCUCUUUCUCUGGCUUGUCUUGAUCAUUCCGCAAAUCCACGACAUGAGUGGCAAAGGGUUGAGCUUAAGGAAAAUUCAAUCUGAAAUCCUCGAAAGCUCACGAGAGCUGGAUAGCCUAUACGAAGGACUCUUGAGAAAGAUUGAAAACGACGAGCUCCGGGAAGCUAGCAUCUUGUUUCAAUGGAUCUGUUUUGCGACCCGGCCGCUAUCUCUCGAUGAGCUCAGAAUUGCAAUGACAGUCCAUUUGAAUGGCUCAAAAAAGUCAUUGAGAGAAUAUGAAGAUGCAGAAAACUAUGGAUCGAUACCAAACGAAGCCAAGAUGAAGAAGCGGAUGAUUCACUUGAGCAGAGGGCUCGUGGACACCACCACAAAUACCAACUGCAACGAGGGCAAAGCCGUAGUCAGCUUUUAUCACGACACAAUCAGAGACUUUAUGCUGAGAAAAGGGUUAAAAUACCUCGAUGGACGUUUGCGUGAUCCUCGAAGCCUUGCGAAAGGUGCUAAUGUUCAAUUAGCAAACAAAUGUCUCCUUUACUUGUCAACGGACGAGAUUCGUAUCGCUUUCCUGAAAAAGGACGCGAGUCCAAAGAGAGAGUUUCAUUUCCUCGAUUAUGCGGCGAGGUAUUGGCUCUCUCAUGCUGUCACGGCGGAGAGGGAGAGCUUAGGGGAGGAGAUUCUCUGGCCGACUGAAACUAUACUCGACGUAUGGGUCAAAGCAUCGAGAGACUUGGAGCAUAGUUUGAGCAAAAGCGCUACAGAAGGGACAUCUUUGAUGCACAUCGCAGCCGAAUAUGGGCUUCAAGAAUUAGCAAAGAGGAUUAUGUGCACAAGGGGACAAAGAAGAUCAACUUCCUUGAGACACGCGCAACCGAGCAUGCGCAGUGCUUUCCAGUUGGGGGUGAAGAAGCCCAUAUCGAUGGCGGCAGGGAAGCACGAAUCGGCAAUGAUCGGAAAGAUACCACUUAGCCACCGACAGGGUCAGCCAAAGACAAAAAGAGGAGGCGGGUUAAGGACAAUGUCUACCAAAAUGUGUGGAGACGGAAAGGGCCAGGUAGUAAGCCCUGGCACAGUGAAUUCGAGCAUAACUAAGGACCAGGGGGGACUGAAUAUGGGAUAUAAGCAAAUGGAGGAAACGGGAUAUGCGGAAUUGGUGAAUGCUCAAAACAAUAACGGUGAUUCACCACUACAUCUAGCUGCAGAACACGGCUGCAUCGGCAUGGUGGCAUUUUUAUGCAGGUCGGGAAGCAAAACUGGAGAACCGAAUCAUGAUCAUUGCACACCGCUGCACAAAGCAUCCCAAAACGGACACCUUAAGGUAGUGGAGUUUCUAUAUAUGCAUGGAGCGGAUGCCGAUCUGCAUCGGACAACAAAGCAUGACACUACACCAUUUUUUGCGGCUUGUAAUUCUGGCCAUAUUGAAGUUGUGAAGUUUCUGUAUGAGCAUGGGGUAGACUGUGAUCUUCAUCGCACGAUGAAGCAUGGCUGGACUCCAUUUUCUGCCGCUUCAAAUUCUGGUCACCUUGACGUUGUGAAAUUCCUAUAUGAGCAUGGGGUAAACCUUCAUGUUCCUAUAGGAAAUGGCUGGACUCCAUUUGCUUUAGCUUCAUAUUCUGGCCACCUUGACGUUGUGAGGUUUCUAUACGAGCAUGUGGCAGAUGCCGAUCUCCAUAUUCCCACUGAAUAUGGCUGGACUCCAUUUUCAGCGGCCUGUGAGUCUGGUCAUCUCGACGUUGUGAGGUUUCUGUAUAACCAAGGUGCGGUUUCAGACAUUCAUGCCACGAUAAAAGAUGAUCGAACUCUAUUAUCGGUGGCUUCAUGCUCUGGCCACCUCGACGUUGUGAAGUUUCUAUAUGAGCAUGGGGCAGACGUCGAUCUUCAUAUUCCCGAUAAGAAUGGCUGGACUCCAUUUUCAGCGGCUUCAUGCUCUGGCCACCUUGACGUUGUGAAGUUUCUAUAUGAGCAUGGGGCAGACGUCGAUCUUCAUAUUCCCAAGAAAGGUGGCUGGACUCCAUUUGCUUUAGCUUCAUAUUCUGGCCACCUUGACGUUGUGAGGUUUCUAUAUGAGCAUGGGGCAGAUGCCGAUCUCCAUAUUCCCACCGAAUAUGGCUGGACUCCAUUUUCAGCGGCCUGUGAGUCUGGCCAUCUCGACGUAGUGAAGUAUCUAUAUGACCAAGGUGCGGUUUCAGACAUUCAUACCACGACAAAAGAUGAUCGAACUCCAUUAUCGGCGGCUUCAAAUGCUGGCCACCUCGACGUUGUGAAGUUUCUAUAUGAGCAUGGGGCAGACGUCGAUCUUCAUAUUCCCGAUAAGAAUGGCUGGAUUCCAUUUUCAGCGGCUUCAGAUUCUGGCCACCUUGACGUUGUGAGGUUUCUAUAUGAGCAUGGGGCAGACGUCGAUCUUCAUAUUCCUAAUAAGAAUGGCUGGACUCCAUUUUUAGCGGCUUCAGAUUCUGGCCACCUUGACGUUGUGAGGUUUCUAUAUGAGCAUGGGGCAGACGUCGAUCUUCAUAUUCCUAAUAAGAAUGGCUGGAUUCCAUUUUCAGCGGCUUCAGAUUCUGGCCACCUUGACGUUGUGAGGUUUUUAUAUGAGCAUGGGGCAGAUGUCGAUCUCCAUAUUCCCACUGAAUAUGGCUGGACUCCAUUUUCAGCGGCCUGUGAGUCUGGCCAUCUCGACGUUGUGAGGUUUCUAUAUGAGCAUGGGGCAGAUGCCGAUCUCCAUAUUCCCACCGAAUAUGGCUGGACUCCAUUUUCAGCGGCCUGUGGGUCUGGCCACCUUGACGUUGUGAGGUUUCUGUAUGAGCAUGGGGCAGAUGCCGAUCUCCAUAUUCCCACCGAAUAUGGCUGGACUCCAUUUUCAGCGGCCUGUGAGUCUGGCCAUCUCGAAGUCGUCGAGUUCCUUUGCGAUCAUGAAGCUAGCGUUGAAGCCCAGGAUAUCUGUGGGCGUACUUCCCUUUUCCUUGCCUCCGCGAGAGGUCACAUGGAAGUAGUGCAACAUCUUCUGUCCCGCGGAGCUAUGGUAGAUACCAAUGACCGAUAUGGUUCAACCCCGCUUUUUGCGGCUGUAAGAAAUGGACAUGAGAAGGCUUUUAUCUUUUUACGUGACCUUCAGGGCGCUUACAUCCGAUUUGAAGACGGCUUCGGUCACACUUUGCUUUGGUGGGCCAGAAAGACGGGGAACACCACACUUACUGAGGCUGUCAUACAAAUUGCCCAAGUAAGAGGCAUGCAAGUUUCCGAGACUGACAUGGCUGUCGAGGCGAGCUCAAUGUCGAUAGGCGGGUCUACACAGUGGUGUGAUAUAUGCACUCGAUUCUUUCCUGAUGGGAGCGCCUACCACCAAUGUUCUAUCUGUCAGGGUAGCGCCUUCGAUAUCUGCACGGAGUGCUUUGAGAUGGGCGCGCGAUGUCUGGAUGGUUCCCAUGAGUUGGCUUUCCAUGAGCCUACCGUUCUUUAG